ACUUCCGGAGCACCAUUAGCCCCUCCAUCUCCGAGCUCUCUGGUGGAAGAGUGUUAAGAGAUCCCGUCACUGUUGCUGCAAUUUAUUUUUGAUUGAAAAAUGCUGUCUCGGCUCACAAAACUGAAGCCUCUGCUCCAACACUCCCUCGAUUCUUCUUCUAGCUGCCAACUCAUUCAAAGAUGCUCUGUCAGCAGGACAGCGAAAGGGAAGGCGAAGAUCAAAGCAGGACAAACUUUGAAGAGGUCCAAAAUCACCACGAAGAAAGCAGGUGAAGAAUCCCGAGGUGGCGGAGGCAGAGGCUCUCGCGAAAGACAAGAGCGUGAAAUGCUGUACGACCAGUGCCUCAAUGCUCCCACUCCUGUACGUUACCUCACUCAAAAGGAUAGGGCACGUGAAGCCGAACGUGAGAAACUGGGUCUCAUAAGCAAGGAUCGGCAACGAGAAAUUGACAUGAUGAAGCCCAAGAACUAUGCUAAAUACAAGGUUUCGGAGACGCCUACCAUUAUGGGAACUCCUGGGUUGGAUUUGAUAACGUUGGGUUUGGUGGACGAGGACAAGUUACCCAAGUAUGAAUUGACGGUGGAAGAUGGGAGGAGGCUUGCGAAGGAGUAUAGUAGGGUGUUGAUGAGGAAGCACAGAGCACGACAAGCUGCGGAAUCAACAUUGUUGAGGUUGAAGAAAGAGGCUAUUGAAGCAUUGCCCGAUCAUUUGAAGGAGGCUGCUUUGGUACCUGACUUAACCCCCUUUCCGGCAAAUCGUUUUAUGGCCACUCUCACUCCUCCUAUUGAGGGAUACAUUGAGAAAGUCAGAGAAGCAGCAAUGAAGAGUAGUGGCACUGAGAAGAUCAGAUAACCCAAGACUGAGCUUUCGGAUACCCAUGGAUCAGAAGCAGCGAAGUUGAAGUAGUUGUGUGGACAUUGGAAGGAAAAUAUAGCGGGGAACAACUGAUGUAAUAACUUAGAUGAACUAUGCGGUUGUUCUUUGGUAGUUUCAAUAACCUUGAUUCUGGGUGAUGUGGUCCACGCAUGCUUGGUUUUAAUGGGUGGCGAGUUGAUCCAAUCGUGUUCAAAUUUGUUAGAUAUCUAGAUCAUCAGAGACUCGAGGGAGUCAUGGAGCAUAAGUUAGGAGCCUGUUUUGGACAACUUCAAGGCAUGGCAUUGUUUACGCUACUAAAAUUACAUGACUAUCUUAUAUUAUUAGAUUCUUCAAUAAAGUUAUGGAUUUUUGAAGUGAA